AAAGGCGGAGCUCCGCGCGGCCGCGCCCGGACGGGGCGUGGGGACGGGCCGGGGCCCUCGGAGCUGAGCCGCCGCCCUGCCAGCCGCGGCUCCCUGCCAGCCCGCGAUGCCUUCGCUCCGACCGGCCGCUCCUCCUGCCCCGGCGGCCUCCAGCUGGGCCGGCCUCCGCUUGGCGCACGGCGGGAAUCAAGACCUUCCUACUGCCUUGGCAAGCCACAGCCUAGAAAGUGUUACAGAUAAACCUAGCACGGAAAGUACCGGCCAUCCUGAAUUUAUUGCUUAUGUCCUGAUUCCUGUCUUCUUCCUCAUGGGACUCCUGGGGGUUUUCAUCUGUCAUAUGCUAAAGAAAAAAGGGUAUCGCUGUACAACAGAAGCUGAACAAGAAGAAGAGAAGCUUGGUGAAAAGAUAGAAUUGAAUGAAAGUACAAGUGACAAUGCUGACACUGUAGGACAAAUUGUCGACUACAUUAUGAAAAAUGAAGCAAAUGCUGAUGUGCUGAAGGCUAUGGUGGCAGACAACUCUGAGAAUGACCCGGAAAGCCCUACGACGCCAGGCAGCCCAACCAGUCCAAGUUCUCCUUUAUCACCGGGAGGACCUCCGUCAAAGCAUAAUUGCCGUGGCCAUCACUUGCAUACUGUGGGCGGAGUUGCUGGGAAGGGCGUCUGCACUCGCUGCAGCCACAAGCGAUGGCAGCUGUUCAGUCCAGCUAAAAAAUCUAAAGAAGCAAGAAGAGCCCGGCAAGGAGAAGUCACAGUGCUUUCUGUAGGAAGAUUUAGAGUCACAAAAGUAGACCACAAAUCUUCAAAGGAACGUAAGAAUUUGGUGUCAGUUAGCAGCAUAGAUUGUGUCAAAGGUGAAAUGCCAGCUACUCCAGCCAGAGAAAGCUCUAAAGAAGCACCCACUACACCUGAUGCCCGACAGGAGUCAAAAGAACUUCACUGCACCUCUGCCAAGCAAGAAGCAAGGGAGAGAUCUGGCACACAGUAACACCUGGAUGUGGAAAGUUCUAGAGACUCAGAGUGUGAUGGAGGAUUUAAGAAGAAGUGGGUCCACUAUGCCGCCUGGAAAAAUUUGUAAUUUGGACAGGAAUGUUUCUGAAAGGACGCAUUUGUGAAGACGCUAUUGUUGUGCAGUUUCUGUGACAGUAUCUAUACAAGGCUUCGUCCUGGAUACUUAAUUUUUCAGUGACUUAAAAAAUGCCUUUAGUAAUCUGAAGGGUGUUUGGACAUAUGGUCAGCUUUUUUAAAAUUUAAAAAUUUUUGUUCCUCACUUUUAACACAGAAAAACUGAAUGGAAUAUUGCCUGGCAUGGACAAAGCGGCCGUCAUUUUGCCAUAAUGUCUUUGCUGCUGUAUUGCAAUAGAAGUACGUGGUCAUGUUGUACAAGAUUUUCAGAGAAGUAAAAUCCAACAUGAUGUCUGUUUCUGUGAAGUGCAUUAAGCCUUGGGACCAAAGGUGUGAGCCAUAUAUCGAGAUUACUAGAAUACCAAAGACUGCAAAGUUAAACUCUGCUUAUUUAUAUUAUGUCCAUAUACUUAAUAUAACUACUAUUUCUGUGCUCUGUGCAAUCUCCAAAUAGCUACAGUGUUCACUUCUUGAUGGCACUCACCGUAGGUUCUUGCAAAUUGGUAGGUGCCCCUUUUAAUCGGGGCAGAAUCUCAAUUCAAUUCAAUUCAAAUACCUUUAAUGGCAUACAAAGAUCUAAGACAGCAAACAGGUCACUAUAAAAUUACAUAGAAUAUCAGAAGUCAAUAUAUUUAUACAAAACUUGUAUGAAUCUUAAGCACACCCACUAAAAACUCUGCAACCACUUUAGAAAUCGCUGUAUCAUUAUCCUUUAACAGAAAACGACAAAAAGAUAGAUUGUCCUGGUGUUCAAUACAUUUUGGCAACCUCUCAAACAGCAUUCUCCGCAACUUAUCAUAUAAAUGGCAUUCCAAAAUUAUGUGCUGGAUGGUAUCUGGGCAGUUGGCUCCACACAAACAAUGUCUUUCUGAAAAGGGGACUCGCUGGUAUCUCCCCUGAAGGACACUGGAGGGAAAGGCAUUUAUUCUGGCCAACAUAAAGGCCCUACGCCAGCCUGGGGGUCUCAAGAUCAUAAAAGUACUGCGGAAUUCUGCCAACAUAUGUAGUCAAUCCUAAUGCAGCUGAGGAGCAAACAAAAGGGUGGGCUGGAAAUAACUUCUGUUGCUCCCCAUCUAGUAGAUGCUGCUUAACAUCAUUCAGGAUAUAGGCCUCAUCAGACAUAAAUAGGUCCUCCACUGCUAGUCCCGUAUACUUAAGAUUAUUCAGUAUUCCCGCUGACCACGCCCAGGAAUACUGAUCCCUUUUCAAAUAGGUUAAAAGACUAGAAGGCUCAGCUCUAAAAUAAAUUUUGAGCCAAAAUUUAAAGGUAGUGAUCCAAGCCCUUGUCUCAAUCAAAGAUUGACCCAAUUCCGCACACAAAGCAAAAUAGGAAACACAAUUUGGGACACCCAAAAUUUGCCUAAAGAGUGUUGCUUGGAUAUCCUCCGCCUUUCUGUUAAAAGCUGAAAUCUAUAUAGGUAUACCAUAGAACAUUCGAGCUAAAAUUUUUGCUUUAAAAACUUUUAUGGCUGCCGGGACACAUUGGUUACCCCUAGAAAAAUAAAAUUGUUUAAUUUGGGAGGCUGUGCACUUAGCCAACUUUAUUGACCUCUCGCGAUGUAACACCCAGCUAAGAUUGUAGUUAAAAGUAAUGCCCAAAUAUUUAAAAAAAUUUGUUUGCUCAAUUGGAAUUGCUCAAUCGACCAUUUCUGAGGGUGCCAGCUUUUUGAAAAAACAACUUUUGAUUUGGAAUAGUUAAUAGAUAGAGAGUUAAGUUGACAAUAAUCAUAAAAAGCAUCCAAAUAUCUUUGUAAACCAACUCUUGUACAUGAUAAGAUGGUUGUAUCAUCUGCCUACAGCCACAGUGGUACAGCAAGGCCUCCUAUUUUAGGAGGAUGGCCAUUGGUGAGUCCCAGGCAUUGCGCCAAAUCAUUUAUAAAAAGAUUGACCCCCUUCCUCAUCAAAAUCUUUUCGGUUAAAAGGCCCUUACUGGAAUAUUUCACUUGACAAGAUGUACCUGUAUGAAGUUUUUUCAGUAAAAAAAGUAAACGAGGGUCAAUACCCAUAUUACUUAGCUUAGACUACAAUUUGUCUCGAACAACAGAAUCAAAUGCACUUUUUAAAUCCAUAAAAGCCACAUAAAGUUUCCUGGGACAGAAUCUCAAGCACCUUAAUGUACUACAAAGAGGUGCAAAUCAGUGGAUUUUGAACUAGUUUGUGACUUUGCCUUUGUACGCACCUGUUGAAUUUAAACUAAGGGUUUUUUUGGCUGAUGGUUCUUUGAUGAAUCACAGGAAAAUGUGAAGAUCACUAUUCCUCUGCAACUUCAGAGGAAUAUUCUGAAAUCCUCCAUCAGUGGCUUAUUUUGGAUACUGUUGGUAUUACUGAAUAGUCUCUGUGGAAGAGAGAGAUUUUCUUGAGCAGUAAACUUGCUUUAUGGCAAAAAAUUCAACCUAUUAGAGCAGCUGACUUUUUGAGAAUGUGAUGGUUUUCAGUCUGUGCCUGAAUAUUAAUUCCCUGAGGACCCAGUCCCCACCUCCCCAUACAGUAAAUUAAGAUCUUGCAUUCAUGUAACCAAGCCAGGCAUUUCAGUUUAAAAACUGUUCUGCUUGUAGAACUCUUUGAUUGCAGUCUUGUUCUGCUAGCAAAAGUUAUUACACACAACAAAAGGCAUGCAAAUGAAAUUCAUAUCUGGUGCAGUAAGAUGAAAUGCCUUUGUAAGGGUUUAGGUGAUGAGAGACAUAUUAUGAAGGUGCGGAGCCCAGGCUAAUAACUGCCUUCUUAAGCCGAGUUACAACUUUCCAGGAGGUUUUUUUGAACACUUAGAAUCAUAGAGCCCUGACCUGGAUUGCCCAGGUGAGCCUGAUCUUGUCAGAUCUCAGAAGCUAAGCAGGGUCAGCCUUGGUUAGUAAUUGGAUGGGAGACCUCCAAGGAAGACCAAGGUUGCAGAGGCAGGCAAUGGCAAACCACCUCUGUUAGUCUCUUGCCAUGAAAACCCCACCAGGGGUCACCAUAAGUCACCUCUGACUUGAGGGUACUCUACACACAGUCAUAGAAUCAUAGAGUUGGAAGGGAUCUCCAGCGUGAUCUAGACCAACCCCCUGCACAAAUUCACAAUUACCUCCCCCCCCCCGCCCCACACACCUCCAGUGACCCAUGAUUUUAUUUAUUCCUGAUUUUCUUAGCAGUUGAUCCCCAAGCACUGGAAUCGAUUUGGGUAUAGUUCUCCCACAUGUCUCCCCCCCCCCUUUACAUCUUUACAGUUGUGGGGUCAUUUUGUUCUGCACGUGCCUUAAAUAAUCAGGAUUUUCAAGUGAGGGUCCUGUCAUCAUCGGUGGCAUCGUGACCUUUUUAUAGCUUGAUAUAAGGGCUGGAUUUGUUAAAAAGAUUGAGAAGGAAGUCUUUGCCUGGGGCAGCCUAAAAGGGGAGCAGCUCCACCACACACACCUAAGUCCCCCCUGUCCAAACUGGGGAGCCCUGCCCAGGCUGAGCCAGAGCUGGAGCCGGAGCCCAGCACUGGCAGGGCAAACUGACCUCUGCGAGAAGGGAGCCCAGAGGGGCAGCGGCGAUGUGCUUUUCAAACCAUGCUGCUUUUUCUGGUGUCAGAAGUAUCCCUCCCCUGGGCCCCAUGCAAAAACCCCUAAGUCAGUGGGCUUCGAAGGGUAUAACUCUGUAUAAGACUGCACUGGACAUUCCUCUACUUAUGCAUGCAAGUUUUUGUGUUUUAAAGUGGGGACUUCCCCCCAUGGACAUCAUGUAAGUGAUCCCUGCUUGAAGAAUUCGGCACUCCUAGCAGGUGGCAGUAGCCACCCUUCAGCCAGGUGCCGUGUUUUGCCUCCACGGAAGGAGAGAGGCAGACACGCGGGGGGUGGAGCUUGUUGGACUGCUUCGGCUGCUCUGCCCCCUGGCAGCCCAGUCGUGCCUCGUGCUCAGCCCACACACCUCACCCUAUUUCAGUGUAGGAUUAGCCGGUUGCCUGUAUGGGGCCAGGUAGGAAUUUUUUCACCAUCUUCCCAAAAUUGGCCUCUGGGAGAGGAGUAUUUUCACCUGCCUUGCACUGUUAGUGGAGGGAGGUAAUUGGCUUGGUGAGUUCGACUGCCACUAGGGGCAGGUGAGAAGUUAGGGGUUGAUGAGCGGGCCGGUGAGCACCCUUGGCACCUCCCCAUUGGUGGGGAAACUGGGGUCUGUCAGGAGCAGCUGGCUGCUUUACGGCCCAAUUGUGAGGACAGAUGCCCUGGUGGGGAAUCCCUGGACAAGCCAGUCUCCCCCUGCAGCUUAACGGCCGGGUGGGGGAGCUUUAAAGGGGUGAACCACUUAGCCUGGCCAGGCCGGAUCCCAGCCAUACAAUGGAUGGCUUGCACCCGGGGCCGCAGGUGACUCGCCCAGACAGGCCGGGGCAGAGAUCCAGGAGUGACUCCAGGGCCCGACCUGUACCGCUAGUUUAGGCCCUUGCCGUGGUUGAUGAUACGUUUGCUGUUACAUUAAUAAAGCGGCCCUUUCGUCCCCAACGUACGUGUCUGCCUCGUCAUUCCAACUGAGGUGGCAAACUGAGGUUUUAUGGCCAUAUCACUGCAUUUUAGAAAGUGCAUGGCUUGACAGUAGAAGAAAAUGUGUGUCGAAGUAUUUUUUUAAAGUUUUAUUACAUUAGAAAUAUAUAUAUUCAUUGUUGUAUAAGCCAAAAUGGGUGAAUGGGUUCAUGCACCUAUCUUUCCAUGUACUUUUGGCCUUUGCUAAAACCAAUCCUUCCCCUUCUGCAGCUGUUUUUUGGGAAGUAGUGGCAAUAAUGAUGCCAAUAUUGAGUGGGAGGUCAGUAAGCAAAAUACCCUCAGUUUAAAAUGAUUUCGUGGUGUUGCCGUACAGCCAAAUUCAUGCCGUCGCAUUGACUAUGUGAUCCCAGUUUGCUGAGUUGCAAAAUCUCGCAUUUUAAGAAAAUGGCGUUGAAGAACCUGCUAAGUGCGAAUCAAACAGCCCCUGAGCCAGAGUCAGGCGAUAACUGAGCUUGGCACUGGAAGGGCUCCCUUUGCAGCCCAACAUUGGACACAGAAUAGUUGUUAAAUUUAUCUCUUGCUUUAUAUAAAUGCAUAACCAAUUAGAAUGAGGUGAACACGUAUUCAGGGAUGGCAGUCCGAAUAUGGAAACAUGUUCCCAUGUGUAGGAAGAAAUAGUACUGUAGGCACAGAAGGUUUGGGAUGGGGGACAGGCUAGAGAACUGUGCAUCGGCCCGUAGGUUGUAUGUGAUGCUGUAGCAUCAGCCAACUACUGAGGAGCUGUUUCCAGGUACCCCUUUCUGUCCUCUCAGAACUGGUGAUCAGCUCCCUUCAAAUACACUGUUAACCAUCUGUUUGGUGGUAGGAAUCCAAGAAUCUGAAUCGUGGCUGUUGUGUAUGAGUGCUUGAACGAGAGAGUGUAUCGGAACCAAUGUAUAACGCAAGAUACUGUGUCAACAUCACUGAACUGCCGUGGUAACAAUAAGGCCCCUUUUCCUACACAGCUGGUGCAUUAGAGGUAUUUUAACAAUGUGGUUUGUAUAAAAACUUUUGUACUAUUUGAACAAUAAACAGUAUAAAACCUU